AAACUCGUUAAUUUCGAUUACUCAAAAUUUCGCUCUUAGGAAAUCCAUAUUUUUCUUCUUCGCAUCACGUCCUAAUAAUUCGUACGUGAAGAAAUUGACGAUAAAGGCUGGUGGCAUAUGUUCGGUGGCCCCCUUAGAAUUUUGUGCGUUUACGUAACUGAAAAUACGUAGAAGUGGAAUUAGUGCAUCAAAUGAAAGAGAAAUCAUUUUUCAGUUGUCCAAUUUUUUAUCAAUAGUCUUUGCAAUUCAUUCAAUUUAUCAAUUGAAAAGUUUCUCUUCAUUACUUAAAGUGGGUAUAUAGACAGAUUGAUGUGCAAUGUCUGAAGAAACAAAGUUACUGUUAGAAACAGACGAUAGAAACGGUGCAUCGUCCAGUGGAAAUAAUAUUGCCGAUGAAAGAACUCGCUUGUUGAGGAAAAACAGUGACGAUUAUGCAUACGAGAUAUCUGCUCAAGAACUCAGAGCGUGGAAGAGCAACUACGGCGCUUUGAGGGGAAACGAAGAAUUGAUACCUGUCAAGAAACAAAUCACUUUCUCGUGGUGUGAAAUAAACGCUUAUGGUCAAGAGCCACCCGAUCAAAAUGAAAGCAAGGUACUUUCAUUUUUCCGUAAACAAGAGGUUGGUUUGAAACACAUCCUGAAGAAUGUCAGUGGAGUCGCCCAUCCUGGUGAGCUUCUGGUGCUUAUGGGAUCUAGUGGAGCGGGCAAAACAACCUUGAUGAACUGUAUGACUUUCAGGAACCUCAGAUCGUUAACCAUCUCAGGUCUGGUCUGCAUCAACGAUCAGCCUGUAUCUCAGACCCAACUGGCCGCCCAAUCGGCUUACGUACAGCAGGACGAUCUGUUUAUUGGGUUCUUGACUGUGAAAGAACAUCUGAUUUUCCAGUCGUUGGUGAGAAUGGAUGCAAAAUUGACAUACAAAGAGAGGCUGCAGAGAGUCGAGGAAGUUAUGGGAGAGCUUUCCCUCAAAAAAUGCGAAAACGUUCCAAUCGGUGAACCAGGGGUGCUCAAGGGAAUUUCUGGAGGUGAAAGAAAGAGGCUAGCUCUCGCCGCUGAACUAUUGACGAACCCGUCCCUGCUCUUCUGCGACGAACCCACGUCAGGGCUGGACUCUUUCAUGUCGCUCAACGUCGUGCAAAUGCUCAAAGCGAUGGCGCAGACCGGUAGAACUGUUAUCUGCACGCUGCACCAGCCGUCUUCGGAACUUUUCCAAAUGUUCGAUAAGAUUGGGCUUAUGGCUGAGGGAAGGACUGCUUUUCUGGGAACGCCGGCAGAGGCGGAUAAAUUCUUCACGAAGUUACAAGCCCCAUGUCCGGUAAAUUUCAACCCAGCCGAUUACUACAUCCAAAUACUAUCCAUAAUCCCAGGAAGGGAGGAAUCCUGCAAGAAUGCCGUGAAAAGUAUAUGCGAUGCCUUUGAAACGUCUUCUGUAGGAAUAAAAAUAAAGAAAGCAACCGCGGCAACGAAAGCUUCAGCGACGGAAGACCCUUGGUCUCAACGGAUGCAGCUCCUCAGUCCCUACAAAGUCUCGUGGCUGGCCCAGUUCAGAGCGGUCUCCUGGAGGUGUUGGUUAGCCAUCAAGAAAAACCCCAGAUUGACGAGGGUCAAAUUUUACCAAGUUUUCUUUGUUUCAGUCUUGAUCAGUAUCCUUUUCUGGAGACAAAAGUACGACCAGGUCGGUGUUCAAAACAUCAACGGAGCUCUCUUCCUCUUCUUAACGAACGCUACGUUCUUGAAUCUAAUGGGUGUUAUUUUGACCUUCUGCAGUGAGCUGCCCCUGUUUCUUCGAGAACACAAAAAUGGGAUGUAUCGGACAGACGUUUACUUCUUGGCCAAAAUCAUAGCAGAUAUACCGAUAUACGCGAUCAUAAAUGCGAUGGGUACGACCAUUUGCUACUUUUCCAUAGGUCUCAAUGACGAAUUCAGCAGAUACGUUACUUGCGUCAUCACCUGCAUAUUGGUCACUUAUGCAGUCAUGGGAGCAGGUUACAUCAUUUCGACCAUAUCCUCCAGCAUACAAAUGGCACAAACGCUCGUUAGUUUUGUUGUUACCCCAUUCUUGAUUUUUGGUGGUAUGUUCCUGAGUAUCAAUUCGGUUCCGCCGUAUUUGCAAUGGCUAGCAGAUCUCUCUUGGUUCAAAUAUGGUAACCAAGCCUUACUGAUCAAUCAGUGGUCUGAUGUGAAACAUAUAAUUUGUGAUGAUAGCUCUUUUUGUCCUAAAAAUGGACUAGUGGUGCUAGCCUCGGAAGGAGUGUCUCCGGAUCAACUAAUACCUUCUCUUCUCGCCCUCGUUGGAUUGGCGAUUUUCUUCAGGAUACUCUCGUUCUUCGCGCUUCUUUAUAAAGCUUAUUAUUAUGAAUAGAGAUAAGUGGUUCGUCAUUUUAAGUAAAGUUUGAAUGUUCUCCCCUUUUCUGUACAUUCAGGAUCUCCUUUAUAUUCAAAAUUGAUUUUCUUUAAGAAAUGUUGGACUUGUGAAUUAUAUUAUUACUAAGCACAAUUGGUAUUUGGAAAAUGAUGUAAUAAAGUAUUAUUAUCAGUG